ACUAGCAUCAGCCUAGUGUUCCAUCAAUGGGAUGGGACGGCCGUGCUGUAGCAGGAGCCUGCGCAGUGAGGCCGGGUCAGAGUUGGGUGCAGCUCCACCAGAGAAGGAAGCGGAGUUUCCGGCUGUUUGCAGCGGAGGGAGAGGAUUGCUGACGCCGCGAAACCCCGAGAAAAACGCCGCCGGCUCGGGGCGGGGGCUAACGGUUUGUAGCAUCGGUAGUGGUCGUUUUUCGUUCAUAUCGGGGGACCUGGGGACUGGUUAAUUUUUUUUACGAGCCGAGGGGGGUCGCACAGCAAUCCGUGCAAAAGAAGCGGCACAAGGCGGGAGUGAGCCACCAGCUACCGGCAUGGCCAGGGACUACGAUUACCUCUUCAAGCUGCUCAUCAUCGGUGACAGCGGAGUGGGGAAGAGCAGUCUCCUCCUGCGAUUUGCAGACAACACAUUUUCAGGUAGCUAUAUCACCACAAUCGGCGUGGACUUUAAGAUCCGGACGGUGGAAAUUAACGGGGAGAAGGUGAAGCUACAGAUCUGGGAUACAGCAGGGCAGGAGCGCUUCCGCACUAUUACCUCCACAUACUACAGAGGAACGCACGGGGUCAUCGUGGUAUACGACGUCACGAGUGCCGAGUCCUUUGUCAACGUCAAACGAUGGCUACAUGAAAUCAACCAGAACUGUGAUGACGUGUGCCGAAUAUUAGUGGGAAACAAAAACGACGACCCCAACUCCAAGGUGGUCGAGACGACUGACGCGCAGAAGUUUGCCGAGCAGAUGGGAAUCAACCUGUUUGAGACGAGCGCAAAAGAGAACAUCAACGUCGAAGAGAUGUUCAACUGCAUCACGGAGCUAGUGCUAAGAGCUAAGAAGGAGGUGCUAGCCAAGCAGCAGCAGCAGCAACAGAACGACGUGGUCAAACUCACCCGGAACAGUAAACGAAAGAAAAAGUGCUGCUAGCAAACUCGAAGCCAUCCACAAAAGACGGGGGCUGCGUCUUUUCUUCACACAUGCAUACACACAAGAUGGGACUCAGAGCAUCUUAAAGUAAAGAGCAGAUAAAGAUUUAAUAAAUAUACGGUGAAAGAUUUAAAAAAAAAAAAGAAAAGAAAUAAAUGGAAAAAAAUGUCCCCUUUGGACAAACUAAUCAUGAAGACUUAAAAAGAAAUUUACAGAUUUUAUUAGACGUCAGAUCAAGUUUUAUUUGGAAUUGAGCAGAUGGCCACUAUAGACCUGAGGUCCUCCUUUCUUAAAGGAUCUGCAAGCUGACAACCAGACGGCCAUAAUAGAUUUAUAUCCACACGACCCCCCAUAUUCUUCAUCAGUAUCUCAUCUCUCCUUCUCAUUCCACUGCACAUGGGACAUUCAGAGUCGAGUCCGACUCUGUGCCAGAGGAGAAGGAGGGCUCACCUUUCUGGAUUAAUUUGUUUCUUUGUAGUUUCGGGGUGGGGAGGGAGGGAGGGUUUGGUCAGUCGAUUGGGACGUGGGUUUUUGUUUUUGUUUUUUUGGAACAGGCGUCUGAGUAAGCGUGGAAGUCUUACCACCUCUCUACAGUUUCAGCCAAGAGAUAAUGAACUGCUAGAUUUUGUUUUAUUUGACUUGAUGCGGGGAAAGAAAUCACAGAUGAUGAUGAUGAUGAUUGGUAGACGACCUUUAGCAACUAAUCCGAUGGACAGAACUGGUGACUUCAUGUUUUGUUUUUGUUUUUUGUUUUUUUUUAAAUGUCUCUUUGUCUAUAUUUUGCCAAGCUUCCCACCCUCUUCCCUCUAUAACUUCCAGUAAGGCUGAGCCAAGAGUAAUUGUUUUUAUGUUUUUUCUUUUUUUAAAUGUGGCAGACCAGUUGAACCACUCCUGGAGCUCUGGGACGUCAGGCUCUGAAAGCAGCAUUCACUGCAGUCUUACUUUGCGCUCAGUUUGCUUUUAAACCUAUUCCUCCAUCAACUUUUUAAAAAAACAAACAAACAAACAAAACAACAAUACUGCCAAUAUUAUAGAAAAAAAAAAAUAUUAAGAGCUCAGUGGCGCCUCUCAUUGGACUGUUGCCAUAGUGACCCCUGGUUGACCAAGAGGCAGGGUGAAUCAGGUUCUGAUGGGACCCUGUUGAGUCCUCAGGAAGUGCUCAGGGCUGCCCUCCUUCCCUCUCUCCUUGUUUCCCCUCUGUGUUCCUGCAGCUUCUGGCCUUCUCUCACCUCCCCGGACGCCCACAUAUCAGCACCUCUCACAGCGACACACUCGCUUCCUGCAUUUGGUCCUUCAAGGGACACGAGGAGGCUCCUCGUAGCCGCUGCGGUGACCUCCAGUCCAUAGCAAACUGUGGUUUUUGUUUUCGAGCAUGUAACACUUUGUUUGAAGGGGUAUGCAUUCAGACUGUAUUUUCUCAGCUUGCAGAAUAAUUUUUGACUAAUGUUCAAAUCUGAUGUCAUGUUCUUUCUUCGCUUCUCGGCCACAACCUCCUGCUACCUGUUCAACUAAAGUGUUACCGCGCAGUGUUUUUGGCAACCAUGAGACCAAGAGAGUGUGGCAGAGAGUGGGACUGUUAAUGUAAGAUCACUGGGGAUGAACUGCAGCACUGGAUCCCAGUGUGUGUGUUCGGGCCUGAGCUCCUCUCCCUUUCCAUUUCCAGGGUUUGUCACAGAGGCUGAAGCAUCGUACAGAAAGUCUGUUGAGACUCUUUUUCAUGAGCUGUACGUGAUGGCUGAGCUUCUGUGGGAAACGUUUAGUUCUCAUCCUCUGGGCAGACUCUGGCAGCCGGUUUGGGAUCCUGAUCCACGUUGAGAGGUCGCUGUGACCUUCAGGGCCUAAGAAUGGUAUCAAAUCUCACACUUUAUGGUUUCUAUUAAUUACGUGUAUGUAUAUAUAAAUAUAUUUGUGUGUUUAUAUUCAAUAUAAAACAUACACACAUCAUUAGCACACACAAAUUGUGCAUGUGUUAAACAUGCCCUGUGUGCUUUGGUUGAAACACACUCGUCAGCUGUGGUUUGCUGUACACUGGAGAAAAAGAGAUGUACUAUUCAUUUUUCCCUACAUGAAUUUAAUCAGUAAUAAACGUUUUAAAGGAAUAAAUAUUUGACACAUAAUGACUGAUCUCAUUUGUCAGUGCUUAACUUUAUUUGAAACCUGUGUUUUUUUUCUUUUUAUU